UAUUUAUUGAUUUAUUCCCAAAUUAUUUGUUCACUGUUAUCGUCGUCGGGCUAUUGGUGCUUUUCCUGCUCCGUUUCAUUUUCAGCAGGACCUCAUUUUUUCAAAGAUGGAUCGGGAGAGGCUCAUGAAGAUGGCCAGUGCCGUUCGCACUGGUGGAAAAGGAAGCGUGCGAAGGAAAAAGAAGGCUGUGCACAAAGCCACUACUACUGAUGAUAAAAGGCUUCAGAAUACCUUGAAGAGGAUUGGGGUUAACACCAUCCCGGCCAUUGAAGAAGUUAACAUUUUCAAGGAUGAUGCUGUCAUCCAGUUUCUUAAUCCCAAAGUUCAAGCUUCAAUUGCUGCCAACACCUGGGUUGUUAGUGGUUCUCCUCAAACAAAAAAAUUGCAAGAUAUUCUCCCAGGGAUCAUCAACCAACUAGGGCCAGAUAACUUGGAAAACCUAAGGAAGCUUGCAGAACAGUUUCAAAAGCAGCAACCACCUACUGCUGGACAGCCAACGCUAGAUGAUGAUGAUGAUGAAGUCCCGGAGCUUGUUGCUGGUGAAACCUUUGAAACUGUUGCGGAAGAUAGUCAUACUUGAGCUGGUUGUGGGAAUGCUUCCUAAUAUAUCGUAUCGCUUGGUCUUUCUGUGCCUUUCUUUCUUCCCUUUGGCUCUUGUGAUAUAAACCUCGCACUUAUCAUCUUGAGAUGUUUUUCAAAUCCAGUGAAAGAAUUGUAGAAAGUAUGAGAAUCAUUUGAAUGGCGGAUGAUUUUAUCGAGUCCCGCGGUCCCUUCCUACACUGCA